UCAGAUACACAAUUGCCCCCCAAAAGGAGAUGCAGCGGAUGGGCGGGGCUACAAUUGGACUGUUUCGGCAGAUUGAGACACGUUUCCAUAGCAACAGCGGCCUGCGUGAUGACCUCACUUCCCCUCGCUUCCCGGUAAGGCUCCGCUACUUCCGCCCGCUUUCAGUUUCGGUUCCUGACACGGGCGGAAAGUGGGCAGCACCCCGCACUCUGACUCGCCCUGUGGCCCUCGGCACCCUGCUGCCCUGCCUGGCCUUCCCCCGCUUCUGGCUGCCCAGUGACAGCGGGAACAUGUCCUGCGAAUGGGAAGAGCGCUGGGAGCGGGAGUACGACUCCACCUGGGAGGGAGAGGAGCAAUUCAGGAGCGACUGUCCGGAGAGAGAGGCCAGGCGGGGGGCAUGUCGGAGUGCCAGGGCAGCCAGGGACAUGCAGAACUACCGGCACGGGUAUCCAGGCAAAGAGGAACAGGACAGUAAGGAGAUGCCAAAUCUGCAAUUCUACCAGAACCAGAACCCUUUUCAGCCCAAUGGGGAAUACAUAGAUACGAUGCUUAGCGACUGGAGGGGAGAUUAUGUCCAACUGGAAGAGAACCAUUCCUAUAUCCAGUGGCUGUUCCCACUUCGGGAGAGGGGGAUGAAUUGGUGUGCGGAGCCACUGACACUGCGGGAGAUUGAGGCACUGAAAGGAGAUAAGGACGCCAUGAGGAGGUUCCGUGAGGCCUACAGGCUUAUGUUGGACUUCUAUGGCAUAGAAUUGAGGGAUGAGGAUUCUGGGGAAGUUGCCCGGGCCCCAAACUACAAGGAAAGAUUCAGUAAUCUCAAUCGCCGGGGGCACAAUAACCUGCGGAUCACACGGAUACUGAAGUGUUUGGGGGAACUGGGCUAUGGGCGCUUCCAAGCUCCACUCGUCCGCUUCUUCCUGGAGGAGACGUUGGUGCAUAAGGAGCUGCCCAAUGUCCGACACAGCGCCUUGGACUAUUUCAUGUUUACUGUGCGGGACAGAGAGCAGCGCAAGGAGCUGGUACUAUUUGCCUGGGAGCAUUUCCCAGACAAAGGGAGGUUUAUAUGGGGGCCUCGGAGUUACUUAAGAAAUAGAGCAGCAAAGGCCCCACAGAGCAGAGAAAAUAGUGAGACACCAGACGAGGGUGAAGGGAAUUGUGGGAACUCAGGAAGAGGAAGUGUAAAUGAAGGGCAGAAAGGGAUUGUGAAGGGAGAAAAUGCUGCUGAAGGAAAUUCUAGGGAAGAUCUGCACAGGGCUGGGGGAGCAGAGAGUAAAAACACCAAGGGAGCAGGAAGUUCUGUUGGAGAUUAUACUGGGGAAGAAUUGCAAGGGGACACUGGCACACAAGGAAGUGCUGAAGGGGAAGGUACUUGGGGAGAGUUUCAAGGGAAGGGGUUUGUAGGUAAGGAACCUAAAGGGGGGAAGUUAAAUGGUACAGGGGGAAGAGAGGCAGGAAGUGCUGAUAUCCAAGAGGGCAUGGGGGAAGGAGCUAAGGACACUGGGAGACCAGGAAGUGCUGAAGGAAGAGAUACUGGGGGAGACGUAGAAGGAAAGGGGUCUCUAGGAGGUGAGGAAACUUAUAGAGGGAAGUUGGACAGUACAGAGACUGGGAGACCGGAAGGUGCCGAUAAGGAAGACUUGGGAGAGAACGUAAGGGAAGGAGAGGACACUGGGAGACCAGGAAGUGCUGAAGGAGGAGAUACUGGGGGAGAUGUAAAAGGAAAGGGGUCUCUAGGAGGUGAGGAAACUGAUAGAGUGAAGUUAGACAGUACAGAGACUGGGAGACCAGGAGGUGCCAAUAAACAAGGCUUGGGAGAGAACGUAAGGGAAGGAGAGAACCCUGGGAAACCAGUAAGUUCCGAUAAGGAAGAGAACACAAGGGAAGAAGAGAAGGAAACUGGGAGACCAGGAAGUGCUAAAAAAGGAGAUACGGGGGGAGAGUUAGGAGAGGAGAAGUUAUUAGGUACAGGGAAAGGGAGUGAGGGGGCAGGAGACAGUCUAGAGAUGCAUGGGGGAGACAGUGGGGUUAGUGUAUCAGAGGGGGCAGGAGACAGUGGGGUUAGUGUAUCAGAGGGAGAAGGUGCAGUGCAGGCAGUCGGUACAGACAGUGCAGGGGAGCCGCACCAUACAGGGAAGAAAGGAGGGAAGAGAGAGACUGACUGUUCCCUUAAUGACCCCAAGAGAAUGAAGAUGAAUGAGCCACACAAUAUCGACCUGCUGAUUAACAUGCGCAACUGCAACAUUAACCCAAAGGGCGGCAGCAGUGGGAACACAGGGCAGGACUGUCAGCUGCAAAGGAAUAUGGGAAACGACUUAUCCAAUGAUCAGGGUUCUUAGGGCCAGAGCACAGGCUGGCAUAACGCAGAUAUAGGCUGGAGAAUGGCAAGAUGGUGGGUUGGCAGUGAAUGUCACUGUGCCAUGGGGGCCUCCUUGUAUGAUAUAUAGUAAGGAGAUGAUGCAGGAGUUGGGGGGUGCCCAGCUGUUGGAAUGAAUGAGACGUAUAAUGAAGGGGAUAUCGGGGGAUGUUGGCAGAACUGUGCCAGGAUUAAGGGCACAGACUCUUCAAUGAAAGGGACAUUUUUGUUCAGCUGGUACCCCAUUUGGGAUAUGAACUGCUGGGGAGGAUUUGCCCCCCAGUCCUGGAAUAUAAUGGAGUCUCUGGCAGUGCUAUGGCUUGGCCCCCCUGUUCGCUAUUCACUAAGAAACUCCCAGCAACCCUUAGCAACAGUGGUUCUGCUAAAACUUCAUGGCCUGGAGCCAUUGGACCUACCGCACUGGGCACAGUUCUGCUCUGGUGCUGGGAAUUCUGGGAAUGUUCCAUAUGUUUCUAUGUUUGUUCCCUUAAUGGCGGGGCUGAAUUUACCCUCUGCCUCAUUUCAUAGAGAUUUGUACAAAAUGCCGUUUGUAUCAUGGGUUUUCUCUCUGACGGAGUUUCUGUAAUAAAUUCAACUAAAAGCU